AUGGCUCGCGUCUACCGAGAAAGCGGUCCGGCAAGCCAGCACGUCAAGAUCAUCUCCUCCCCGGAACCAUACCCAUCUCCCGGCCGACCUGUCAGAAGCAUUGUCGCGAGAUGCCUGACCGCAUUAUACACCAGAGGAGAGACGAAGACUCUGUACGAUACAAUCCAGUCAUUCCUCAAGAUAAUCGGAGAGCCGAAGGGUGUGGGGAAGGACUCGAGCAAGAUAGCAGCGAUGUACUGUGUCGCAGAGUUGAUGGGCAUGUUUGGUAGCCAGGUCAUGUCCCUCGUGAUAGAGAUUGUCACCACCUGUCUGAAGCUCUACCGCACAUCCUCCGUGCCAAUCAUCCUGAAGUAUCAUUCUCUCGGUGCUCUGGAGAAGACAUUGUCUACAGCAAAGCGAGCAGUCACUGACGCGCUCGUGAAGGAUAUCACCAAGCAGAUGAAGAAUGCACUCAGCGACAAAGCCCUCCCUCUCCAGCGGGCUGCAUGCGAUGUUCUGAUCCUGAUGUACCCGGCAGACGACAGCUCACGACUGGUAUCAGACGUCGACCCUCUCGUCGUAUCAUGCACGAAGAGCCUAGAGAAUGCUGACCAGCUCACGCGGCGCUCCCUCGCCAAGCUCGUCGCACACAUCCUCGCGACUACGCAGGUCCAGCGCGUCAUCCCCGUGGCGGAGCCGCCCAAGAAGGCGAAGAAGGGUCAGAACGCGAACGAGGACGACGAGGACGCGAUUCCAGGCAUGCACGUCCAGGCGGAGGAGGCCAAGCCGAUCAUGACUCCGCAGGAGAUGCUCGCGCAGCUGUCGACCCAGUUCAACAAGCCGCAGGCGAGCAAAAAGACGCGCGUGGGCAUCUUUGACUUCUAUGCGGCGCUGUUUGCCCAUCUUGGGAGUGGGUGGGUGGAGGCGAACUAUGGGCUGCUCGUAGGCCAUUUGAUGACGGAGAUCGUGGCAAACCCGAGGAACUCGACUACACGGUAUGAGACGCUGUUGGUGAGGGCGCUAGUGGAGGUGUUGCUGCGGGACUUGGUGGGCGUGAGGAUGCUCGGCGAGCAGGCGCAGAUCAGCGCGAUCCAGGAAUUGUCGACCGUGUAUCUGAAGCGGUGGCCUGCACUGAUGCCGGGUCAGACGGCGCCGAACCCACUGUGCCUCGCCGUCGCGCUGAGGGAGGUCGCAGGCCUGCUGCAACAACUAGGCAAUGCACCUCCUCCCGUUCAGGACGCUCUGGUAGAGCCAUUGCAGACGCUUCUAGGGCACCCGAAUCAUACCAUCCGCGUGAACGCAUCGUGGGCUCUCCGGUGCUUCUGCUAUUCUACUCCUCUCCGCCUGCCGAAGGUCCUCCUCAGCGUCGUCGAGAUGUUGCAGCGCGACAUCAGCACACUCACCACGCCCGCCGCUCCCGCAGACAUCACUACUCGCACUCUCGGACACGCAUACGGCCUCGCAGCGCUCCUAGCUGUCAUCCCAGAGCGCCCACUGUACGUUAGCUACGACAUCACUCCUGAACGUGCGGGCGAGCAUGAGGUACGGGUGGCGAGGACGGAGGUGGAGGUCGCUUGGACGUGCAUCGCGGCAUUGAUGGCGCUCGGCCCGAACUUCGUGCGAGCUCACCUCCCACAGCUCCUCGUCCUCUGGCGAAAUGCCCUCCCGAAGCCCACAAGCAAGGACGCGCAGGCCGGGAGGAGCCCCGCCGAGUGGAUGUUCCUCUUGCACCUCCGCGAGAGCGCGCUCGGAGCCGUUUACUGCUUCCUGAAAUACAACUCCCCGACGCUCGUCACGCCCGACGUGACGCGCCGCAUCGCAUCGAUGCUCAGCAACUCGCUCUCAUUCGCGAACACGUUCACGUCCCGACGCGUCGAGGAGACGCCGGAGAUGCCGCAGCCCGAGACGAAGGAGCUGUCGAUCUUCUUGUGUUUCUCGCUGAUCGGCCAUUCGGGUGCGACGGAGUCGAUACAGUCCAGCCUUCUGCAGUCCGCUAUCGCGCUCUUCGCGAAUGGAUAUGCAUAUGGCGUGUCUGAUGUGGAAAUCGAAGAGAGACUCAGGCCGUGUAUGAACCGGGACAGCGUGGAGGUUUCUAUCGAGGAAUUGUCAGACACAAAACCAAUCCUCAGAUCAUGCUCUCAUGAUCCGUUGUUUCUCUGCCAACGGGUAACGACCGACACUGCCAGCCAAUGGCCCGAACCGCCACCUCCCGCUACCGCUGCCGUCAAUGCGGCUGAUUUGUCUGUUACCGUUCGUUCCUUGACGCAGUUAAUUGAUUUCACCGGGUCUGCCAAGCUCGAAAAGAACUCUGGUAGGAGAGCCGCGGUGUCUCUUAAUGUCACGAUAGCUCUUGUGCUCGCUCUCAGGCAGGUUACUGGAGCCCGAUCACGACAGGUACUCGGUAGUCCUCAGGUGACUUCUCUUUUGGCCCCGCGUGCUGAAGCCAUCGGCCGCCUAGCCAACAUCGCGGGGACCAACUUCCUGACGAACCAAGCGAAAACUCUAGUCGACCAGGUCGUUAGCAACCGCGAUCCUCACGGACGAGCUGGAUGUGCGCUUGCUUUCGGAGAGAUUCAUGCUCACGUUGGUGACCACCGUGCAUGUCCUCAUGUCCUGAUCAACGACCCUCACCCCGUCGUCCACUUUUGGGCACUUACGGCACUCGCGCGCGUCAUCGACGCUGCUAGUCUGGCCUAUGCUCCGUUCGUCCCAAGUACACUCGGGCUACUCUUCAAAGUGUAUAUGAUGGAGUCACAUGAACCGGAGGGUGGUGCGCUCAACCAAGCGAACGUCAGCGGUGAUCUUCCCGCGUAUCAGGUCGUCUGUCAAAACAUCGAUGCCGUGAUCACUGUCCUCGGACCUGACAUCCAGGACUCAGCUCGCUCUCGCACUCUUGUUCUCGAUCUUGUUCAUCAGUUCAACAGCGAGGACGACGACGGCAUCUGCGUGGAGGCCAUCAACUGUAUUCAACAUUUCCUGAUGUUCGCGCCAGACUCGGUCAACGUACCGGACCUGGUGGUCCGCUUCAGAGGGUAUCUAUCGUCGUCACGUCGACCUCUGAAGCUCGCCUCGAUCAAUGCCCUCUACCAGCUUGUGCAAAAGGACGCCUUCGCGAUGUCAAGGCUAGGAGGCGAUCAACUUGUCGAGGAGCUGUUUGCUAUGCUUGACGAUGACUCGUCUGUAGACGGAGUUCGGAACGUCAUCACAAGUUGGCUGCAGCAGACCGUCAUCCACAACCCAUCCGCUUGGAUUGACCUAUGUCAACGCAUCAUGUCUCGCACGACCGCUUCCCAGCAGAUUGCAGACGCGGCUUCUAAGAAGGGCGACUUAAUGGAUGAUGAAGGACAUCAAGAAUCCGGGGCAGCUAGCGGUCGUCAAACGUCGCGGUGGAGAACUCAACUUUUCGCUCUGCAGUGUCUACACAGCAUCUGCAAUAUCGUCAGCUCGUCGGGGCGCAGAGAACAUCUGGACAUGGUCUUCGCGCUUAGUCAAGGCAUCCCAGUCCGUGGACUACUGGUCUCGCGAGUGCCAGACUUGAUCAAGAUUGCAUUUACUGCCUCGGCAGCUCACGUUAUGGAAAUCCGCCUAGAGGGCCUAACCGUAUUACGAGACGUCAUAGAGAUGUUUGCAAGGACACCGGAUCCAGAAUAUCAAGACGCUCUCUUGCUGGAACAACAUCAAGCUCCUGUCACCGCAGCGUUGACGCCUGCCUUUUCGUCUGAUUCGACCCCGGAAAUCCUCGCAACAGCUAUUGGAGCGUGCGCCGUGUUUGUUGGUUGCGGAGUGGUGAAGGAUGUUGGCAGAAUGGGCCGAAUACUCAAGCUUCUGACAUCUGCGUUGGAGCAGUCCAAAGAGUCUGGAAUGCUGUCGCUUGGAGAGGCCGCCGAGCUUAGUCCUAACGCAUCCGUCAUGUUGCGCAUUGCCACCUUGUCGGCCUGGGCCGAAUUGCAAGUAGCAAGCAAAAGUCAGAAAUACUUAAUCGACGUCGUCAAACCAUACCGAUUGGUGCUUGCCCCCCUAUGGAUAGCAUCUUUACGCGAUUACGCCAGUGUUCGUGCCGAUACGGAGGUUGUCGAAGAUGCUCCUCCUGGCGCGAUAGACUCGUCGUAUACUAGUCUGGGGAAAGAGGUGCUCUUACCGUAUUAUGUCGAAUCAUGGCCAGUCAUCCUUCAAGCAAUGGCCACCGCAAUGGAAGAAGACGAGCCUUACAUCGUAGCCGCCAUGGACGGUCAAGAGGGUGUUGUUGCUGCCACCGGAAGAGAGUCCAACGAUUCCAUGCGAGAAGAGCCUGCUGCAUUCUUCUUCGCCGUAUUCGGUCUCGUUUACGAGGCUCUUUGUACCGCGGUUCCUGACGCAGACGCUGCUGCGCGUCGAGUUUGCACGAUUGCAUUACAGGCAUUGACAUCGCUUGUCUGUCCGAAGUACUGCGGGAAGGUAUUUGCUGACCCUGUGCUGUUCGAAGAACUCGUCAAUCUCUUCUAUCGCAUGGCGUUGACAGAGCCGGCAGUUGUGCAAGUAUAUAUGGUGGAGGCAGUCGCAAGUCUAGCGGAAGGCCUGGCCGUAGUGCAGAGGGGUACAUCGAUCCAGGAGUUGAUGAGCCUACCACAAGUACAUUGCGUGCGGAUAUGUGCUUAUGUAUUGCGGAGAGCUAUCACGGGUCCACGUAUUAGUGCAGUAGUCGAUGGCUCAACCCCUCUAGACAAGGCAAAGCUCAUCAACGCGACAUUUGAGGCAUUCGUCAAGAUAUCGUCAUCCUUUGGCACCAGACAAAGAGAGGAGUUUAGGGCUAUAGGCAUCACGUUGUACGGCGACCUCCUAAAGGAUGAGACCUCAGAAGUCGACUUGGUCGGGCCUACCCUGCAAUCGCUGAAGAUCCUCCUCGAUAAACCCGCCGACCUGGUGGAUACUGAUAACAAGUACGAGAAAGCGAUCCAUGGUAUCCUUUCUGCCUGCUUGGUGAACGUCGAUGAGAUGAGGGGGCGACAAGGGGUCAUCUCAACGAGAAAGAUCAAGACUAACCUUCUAGCUGCUGUGCUCAUCUUGACUGUGAUUCCUCCAAACGUGAAGGUCGGACGCGCAAUCCUAGAUCACUGCUGUUUCUUGCUUUCGCAGAAACUGUCAGACGCGGACGAGGCAUCACUGACGGCAGCUCACUGCGCCAAGACGUUGAUACUUGCGUCGACAUCUGGCAAUGCUGUGCUUCGUCAUUGCGCAAGACUACUCUUGCCUGGCAUGGUCGAAUGUCUUGCCAAGAUCGCUGCGUCUGUUGCAGACGAUGCUACUGAUUCUCAGCUAGCCAUGGCAGACGAGAUCUUCAAGGCACUCACCGCGUUAUUGUCAUCUCUCCCAGAGGAGCUUCGCUCGCGAGCUCUGGGUGUUCUGAUGCCAGCCAUGAUCCUGCUACUCCAUCCUACCCGAGUUAUUCCGUCGAAGAUGCACACACAGAGUGUUCGGCAACUCCUUGCGAUUGCUGCAGUUUCACCAGCCGCGUUUAAGGAAGCGACAGGCAAGCUCAACCAGCAGAUGCGCGAUACGUUGGAGACUUCUGUCAGACAGGCUGUUGGCAACCGAGGUCCUGCAGUGGAUGCGCCCAAACCACAAAUCUCUCUGAGGUCAUUCUGA